AUGUAUGCCCGAAGGGGUGGACGGGUUGGUGCCUACGGCCAAUGUGGCCAGAGACAUGGCGAGGACAUUCCCGCGCUGCGUGUCGGGUUGAUGGUGGGGAUUGGUGGUGGCAUUCCCAACCUCGCCAAGGGUAUCGACAUUCGCUUGGGGGACAUUGUGACCCUUGCUCAACUCCAGGCACGACACGGCAUGCGUGCCAGUAAGGUAUCAGAUUAUAUCAACGACUGCAAAGCCCCCCACAACAAGCGCAAGCCACGUAAGAAUCGCAUACCGGUAACCCAUUAUGGGGUCAUCGCAUCGGGAAACCAGGUGGUGAAGGAUGCAACCGUGCGAGACCGACUGCGGGAUGAAUUUGGUGCCUUAUGUGUGGAGGUGGAGGCGGCCGGACUAGUGAACGAUUUUCCGUGUCUGGUCAUCCGGGGUAUCUGUGACUAUGCAGACGCUCACAAGAAUGAGGGAUGGCACGCAUAUGCAGCGAUGACAGCGGCAUCAUACGCCAAAGAAUUCCUUCAAUACAUCUCACCGACGCAAAUGAAGAUGGAAAGGCCCCUCCAAGACAUAGUGGGUAAGUACAACCUAUCAGUUAGGAUAAUGAUGCAGUUCUGU